AUGGACCCCCAGACGGCGCUGUCCCGGGCGCUCCGGCUUCUCCUCUUCUUGCACCUGUCGCUGCUAGGAUGUCAUUCCCACCCGCUGGGUGGCCCCGGCUCGGCUUCGGAACUGCCUGGGUUACAGGAGCUGCUGGACCGUCUACGAGACGGGGUCUCGGAGCUGCAGGCGGAGCAGCUGCGCGUGGAGCCCCUCCAGCAGGGCCAGGGCCUGGAAGAAACCUGGGACUCCCCGGCGGCAGCCCCCGCGGGGUUCCUUGGGCCCCACCACAGCCUCCUCCGGGCCCUGCGGGGCCCCAAGAUGAUGCGCGACUCGGGCUGCUUUGGACGGAGGCUGGACCGGAUCGGCUCCCUCAGCGGCCUGGGCUGCAAUGUGCUGAGGAGGUACUAA